CUACCUGCGGUUUCUAACCGCAUCCCAGUCCAAUCUUUUCCUUACCCAAUCUUCCGCCGGUUAGCCGGCGAUGGACCCCCUCUCUGCUCUGAAGGACUUCACCAUCCGCGGAGAACUCGACAACAUCACCCGAAUCGACGAUGAAUUCCGUUUUGCCGGCGACUAUUCCUUCCCCUGCACAAUCGAAACCGCUUUCAGAUCAAAACAGGGUAAUUUCUACACCCUUGAAGCCCUACUGUUCUUCAUCCGCCACCAUCACGUUAAGCACAGCGAAUAUAUACAGUCGGCCCGCCUCCAUCGCAUUCCAGCUGUAACCCUUCCCGAUAGAAAACCCCUCCUCGAUUAUCUCCAAGGCAGGAUCGCCUCCUAUGAGUCCAUCGAGCUGCUCCCCGUCGACGAGUACCGGCCCGAUGACCCUUCCUACGGAGCUAUUCCGUCUAUUUCCUCAUUUGGCGCUGGUGGUGAAAACACCUUAACGGAGCCUCUCGAUUAUGUUUCCUUGCUCCGUGCCCGAGAACGCCCGCUCAAAGACAGGGAGUCGCUGCUUGAGUGCCGGAACCGCGAUUUCUACAGCGUGCUUGUUGCGUCAACUCGCCGUGAAGAGGAAAGGCAUCGGAUCGAGUCGCAGCAGCGUAAGGAUGGGCUUGUUGCCAAGACACGGCUUAUCGGAUCUGACGACAGGGGAGAUGACGGUGUCGGAUAUGAUUCAACGCCGAGGCCGAAGAUGCAUCUUAAAGGGAGUAAAAUUGGGGAGGGAGUACCGAUCAUUUUGGUUCCCAGCGCGUUUCAGACACUGAUCACUAUUUAUAAUGUGAAGGAGUUUUUAGAAGAUGGGGUUUUUGUAUCUUCGGAAGCCAAGGUGAAGGCGAUGAGGGGUGCACCGAAGCCUGAUUGCGUGACUGUGCAGAAGAAGCUGAGUAGGGAUAGAGUGGUUGCUGCUUAUGAGGUGAGGGAUAAGCCAUCGACAUUUAAGCCUGAAGAUUGGGAACGGGUGGUGGCGGUUUUUGUGCUAGGGAAGGAGUGGCAGUUCAAAGAUUGGCCGUUUAAGGAUCAUGUUGAGAUCUUUAAUAAAAUUAUUGGAUUUUACGUGCGCUUUGAAGAUGAUAGUGUGGAAUCUGCAAAGAUGGUUAAGCAAUGGAACGUAAAGAUUAUCUCAAUCAGCAAAAAUAAGAGGCACCAAGACCGGGCUGCAGCACUGGAGGUGUGGGACCGGCUAGAGGAAUUCAUGCGGUCACGUUCACACUCUUAAAUCAGCUGAGUUUCUCUAAUAGCUUGCAGAGAGGUGGAAGAUGCUGAUUCCAGGAAGCUCAUGAAGAUCCAUAUGAACAAGUUUGGCUACUCAUGCCCAUUACCCGCUACUUAAUGCAUAUGUUGCAUAAUUAAGUUUUUCUGCCUUGGAAUUAUCGCUGUUCUCUUUGCUAGGAAGUGAUUUUACUCUUUUGAUUCAGGAUGAAUGAGUAGAAUAAUUGUAGAAGUUUAAUUUUCUUGUUUUUUAAUCUUUGAAUUUACAUAGUGACUCUCUGUAUAGGAAUAGAGGGGUUUUAAUGAGUCAAAUUACUUCUUGAGAAGGAAUGCACCUGAAAAUAUUGAAGCACCAUUUUUGGCAU